AUGUUCAUCGGUAUUGUAGGCACAGAAUGUGCAGGAAAGUCAUUCAUCAAGCAGUACUUGAUCACACGUGGUUUCACAGAGCUCUCACUGCCAAACGAUCACAGACCGCGAGUGAAUGGCGUACAACACAUGCUCGUCCACGCAACCCAUAACUGGCAGGCGGACCACGUCACUCUCUCCCUGCGCACCCGCGCCCAGCUCGAGCCAUUCAUGAAGCGCCCAUUCUUCCUCUUGGGCGCUAGGGGGGGUGUGAUGCACGAUAUUGUCCGAAGCUUGGUACACGUCAGUGUCGUGAACUCGUUUCACAGCGUGAGGGAACUAGAGGCGCAUUUGGACGUGCUCAACUUACGGGACACGGAGCGUCUCCGCCCUGGCUGGGAUUCCUAUUUCAUGACAUUAGCGCACCUCGCUUCCCUCCGCUCAAACUGUAUGAAACGUCGUGUUGGCGCCAUCCUCGUCCGCUCCCAUCGGGUAAUCUCAACGGGGUACAACGGCACUCCCCGCGGACUGCAGAACUGCGCCGACGGCGGGUGCGCAAGAUGUAACGGGAGCGCGAGGAGCGGGCAAGCGCUAGAGGAAUGCCUGUGUUUGCAUGCCGAGGAGAACGCUUUGCUCGAAGCGGGGCGGGAGAGGGUGAGUGGAGGAGAGGGAGGAGCAGCGGUGCUGUAUUGUAAUACUUGCCCGUGCUUGAGGUGUAGUGUCAAGAUAGUCCAGACUGGGGUGAGGGAGGUGGUGUACAACCUCGCGUAUUCGAUGGACGAAGCAUCGGCAAGAGUGUUCAAAGAGGCGGGUGUGGCACUACGGCAGCACUGUCCGCCUGCAUGA